CGAGUACGACCUUGUGUAUUCUAUAUGCUCGGACUCGGCCUCCGCGGGGUUCAAGAUCGAUAUCAAGUUUCGAGAUCUUCUGGAUUAAAGUUUCAACAGUUGUAGCGUCGAGGCCGCCUCCAACGCUCUAAACCGAGACACCGCAUUUCUUGGACAUAUGAUUCGUCUCCAUAUAACUUCAAGUCGUCUCUCUUUGUUCUCUGUCUCUGUGCUUGUCCUGGGCCUUCAGGCUAUAGCAUCUCUGACAUCAUGAAGCUCGAAUUACUGCAUCUGCCUUUUGAGAUUCUCGACCAGAUCAUCCACUUCACGAUACCCGAUCCUCACUAUCUUGCAUAUCCAGCAUCACACUCCUGCACGAAAACAUUGCUGUCCCUCUCGAGAGUCUCUAAGUUUACUUUUCAGACAGCAAGAAAAUUACUCUACACCCACUGUCUCUACAUCGACGCACCAUGGCGACUAGGCUCCCUCGUCACAGCACUCUCACACUCAAAUUCUACGAUACCUCUUUCAUGUCCAAGGAACCUCUAUCUCUCGCCCUUUUCAGGCCCGACAAUCCGCAACAGGGAGAUUGUAACGAACAUCACGGUGUUAUUCACAAUACUAGGACCUUAUCUAAAACGACUAGUAAUAAACAUACCACUACGCUCCCACUACCCCGAAGAUGACAGAACAGAAACCCUACGUCCACUCCUACGACAAGGUUUUGUGAAACUCGUCGAAUUGGAAGAAUUUGCAAGUGUGAGAGAUGAGCUGUAUCUUGCGUAUUGGAACCCUGCUUUCAAUCAUAUUCCCAUGAUCGAAGAGGACGAGGAUGAAGAUAACGAUGAUGAUGACGAAGAUCAAGAAGAUCACACAAUUACCGACUUCUUCCCCUCCUACUGGCCAAAACUCAAACAUCUCGCUCUCUAUAACUCUGUCUUCGAUACCACCUUCAUGGACGCCUUAGCACGUAUGCCGCUCUUAAACACCGUCGUCCUUUCACGCAGAGACUUUGGCGAUGACGAAGAUGACUGGCUACAACUCUGGAAUGCAAAAGUUGGAGCCAGAGUAGAAAUCACUUUCAUAGAGUCUACAGACGUUGAACUGGAGGCUGGCAUCAAAAAAUUGACAUUUACGGAUUUACCGCCACAUAGAGCGGUUGACACAAGUUUAGGUGUAUGGAUGUGUGCUUUAUACACACCAGAAGAUGGAGAUGCUAUAGGGGAUGUGCAAGAGUGGACUCUUAAACGUAUGUUAGAUGGGAGUUUAUGGUCUUCAUCUGAGCUCGAGAAAUUGGCAACACAAGCACCCUUACACUGCUUAUGAUUAUGGAUGCAGAAUAAUGAGUAUUCUUGACGAUUCAAGAGAUCUACCAAGGUUAAUUCCCGUCUUCUCUCUUCCUCUUCUCCUCUCCCUCUUUCUCUUCUAGAUUUACAAUCAAAACGCCUACUAUGCAGGAAGGGUGUUGUGCGAGGAAACAGGAAAAACAGCGCUUAGGUAUUUGUCGCGAUGAAGUAGAAAAAGACAAAAAGAACAAAAACAAUUACAAUAGGUUUGGUUGGUUAGUUGCUGUCAUGCAAAUGAUGUGGAGAGGACAUCCAAC